UAGACCCACACUGCCGGUCCCGCAUAAGCACCUUUCUCGAGGCCACCCUGGAAUGUGUAUAUAAUAAUAAGAUUUUUAGCCCCAACAGAACCUAGGAGAGGAGAAUUUUCUGGGACUAGCCCGCUUUCCCUGACCUGCCUAACUGUUCUGUCUGAUAAAGCAACUCGAACAAAGCAAAGUGAGAAGAGCGGAAGUCAGGCCACUCGAUAGGGGAAGAAGAAGGUCGAGACUGUGAUGCUGACUGAUCUUCAUACUGGCCUGAUGCUGGAGUGGCCAUGACCAUAUCUUUAGUCUUGGGCUGCAUAGUGUUCGGGUCUCCUCAGAAAUUAACUCUGAAAGAGUUGCUUCAAGAUUUUGGGACCCUGUAGACCAUGUGUUCCGCUUAGGGGAAGAUGAGUUGACUCCACAAAGAAGAAAAUUCUUGCCCCUCCCACUGCUACUUUCACUGGUUAAAACCCAUAGGCAAUUGGCACAGGAUCUGAUGCCCUUACUUCGGCUACUAGCUUCACAGAAAGGAAAGAUGCUUCAGAGCUUAAGCGAAGCGAUCUGUCUUUCCGCGAUUAAAAAACUUCUCUUUUUCCCUUUGACUUUUUUGUAAACUCCUUUCCAUCAAUCCGAUCUCUAAACCUCACCUGAAGUGAGCUUCUUCGAACCUCGAUCAACAUUCCUUGGCGGCCUUAUCUUGAUGUUUUCCCCUUCAUUCAAUGAAAUAACCGUACUUACCUCUUUUCGAACUUCCUUCCUGCUUUCAUAGCUUCUUUUCUUCCUAGCUUCCGGGCUGACUACCUCUUUGAGGUGAUCGUAGACCAUCAUUUCAGCUUACUACGACCGAUGGGAUUGGACGCGACGCACCUUCUUCUUUUAUUUAUAUCCCGGUUGAUAAAACACAUCCCUUACUGCUGUACCCAAUGUCGCUAUCGUACUAGCCGGCGCUAAGGAUUCACUAACCGUUACUGAUUUAUUCCUUUGAGACCUUCCUGCCAUGGCAUGGCUAUGAUUCGAAUCUAAAACUUAAAAGUAUGGUUGGUGAGCUGAAAGCGAACUGUUGGAGUAGAUUAAUUCAAUAACCCUACUUGCCCUUGCGCCCUUACUGUCAUUCUCGGGCUAUUAUCCCGCAAUCUUAUUUCUUUUUAAUUAAUUAAAUAUCUUGGGAUUCCAUUCCCAUUUCUUUUCUUUCCCACUACCCCUCGUUUUUGCUUUCUCUUUGCGACCUGGGAUUACUAGCUUCAGAGAGAUUUUUUCAUUAACCGUACUUCGCGCUUGCACUUUUGGUUCAAUCAAAAAAAAAGGUCUGCUCUCCCGUUGCCAUUUAAAGGAACCCUUAACGGCCUCGCCCUUAGCGGCCUCUAUUACCUGGCUACCAAAGAAAGAUAUGAAAAACCCAUUCCUUUGCGCCCUGGAAUCCGAGCUUACUGGAUCCAUUGCCCUUAGCGGCCUCUAUCAAUUUCCGCAAACCUUCCAACAGCAGGGCAGGUGCUUUUAAGCGGCUCCUUUCCCUUCCUUCGAAUCACUGAACUCAACUAUACCGGGAAAUAGAAGGUUAACAACCACCAUCAGAGGUUCCUACCUUCCCAGCUCUACCAGGAAUGGCUUGCUCUGUCGUUCAACUCCUUGCCUACCCCUUUUUUUUCGUCCCUGCCCAUCUGCUUCGGCUAUUGGUCUAGAAAUGGCUGCAAGAGACUGCUCUGUGGGCCUAAGAACAUCGGCUCUGUACAGGACUAGUACGUGGGAACAUAAAAUGUACUUGCUCAUCUACUAGGAGCUUAACACCCUAAACUCAUAGUCUUGCUUCGACUUUCCGAAAAGUCAGGUACGUAGCCGAAACCGAAAGUCUUAAACAGCCUUCCCCACCAACCCUUCCUUCUGGUUUGGCUAUUGAAUCUGACUCGAUCCAUUUCUUUUCACUGGUAACAGCAAAUGUACUAGCUCCACUAAAAGCUCUAACAGGUGCGGAGCGAGCUCUUAAUUCCAUAACAGACCUUGGUCUUUGUCGCUCUCCGUUACUUUGACAAGUCAGCUCAUUCGCCUUCUUAUCUAGAAGCCUGGACUCCAACCCAUCGCUUAACGCUCUCUUUCUUCUAUUCGAAAUAACCUCCUAUUUAUGGAAUAUUCCUGGGGCAAGAAGGUUUCUAACCUGUAAACCACUAGCUACGCAACCAUUGCUUCCUAGCAGCUCUCUUACUAGCUGAUGACUACCUUCCUAGGUAAGUAAACACCUCAACGACUAUCUUGUCUUCUAAUACUAAAAUAAUACUAUUUAUCAACCCUCAGUAAACUUCUUCUCGCUUUACGCCCUCGGAUCACAGCCUUGACUCCACGUAAACCGAAUGGCUUUGAACCGUACUUGGCGCUUGGUCACUUCCUAGCUACUAGCCUUCUUACUCGUUCGUUGCACUCACUGCUUGCUUUCUUCCACUAAUAUACGAAAUUCUUGCUAUUAUUGGAAUAUUACGGCGUUGAGACUUAAACAGCCUGACAUUUAAGACUCAACUCUUUUUUCUUCAUUUUCAUUUCAAUCUGAGGAAGAUUGUCCAGUAGACAGAAUCUAGUUGUGGUUCCUUACCGCUACAGAAGAGCUUAAUUGCGUGGGUACGAAGGCCCUUAGGUCAGCGUCAGCGUCCAUGGUAUGUACAUCUAUAUAUAGUUGAGGGGGGACAAGACAGCUUACGGUGAAGAGGGAAAUACAAUACCCCAACCCCAUUUCAACCUCCAUUUUCUUUCCAUUUUGAUCCGCUUGACCCGCUUUGGUUUAGUUUGUCCUGACAGGCGAAACUAUAAACAUUUCGUCAAGUGUCUGCCUUGCGGAGCUAGAUUCCGCUUUCACAGAACUGAGUUGGUCUUGCCGACCUUAACUACACUUCCCCGGGAGAAGAUGGAUUUAUUCUCUUUUAGAGAUAACAAUUCUUAUUGGUUGGAUCUUUACCAACAUAGGAAGAAAUAAGAAAGAAGGUGUAGCGGUCAAGGGACGAGACGAGAGAGACCACACUGACUAACAGGCCUUAUAGACUGCACCUAAUCGAAAUACCUGAAGAUAGAAGAAAGUGAAUUAUUCAUGAGUAUACAGAAUAGUAUUUGCCUCCGUAAUCUUGCCACCAAUGCAUGGAACUGGUUCAUCACCUGGAGAGAGAAGGAUUGGGUCUAUAUUCAUCUCAAGUUUUUUAUUUACUGAAAAUAUCAAAAGCAUUGUUAGGAUCAAACUCGCUUUCAAGUUUCAAGUUGGAUCUUGCCGGGUUUCACUCCUACAUAAAAUAAAGAGAAGGGGGAAGGGCUUUCAAACCAAUAUCACAUCUAUCACCGGGGUUUAUGCACUCCCUGCUGAUUCAAUGAGCCCUGUCCUCAUCCUGGUUGGGAAACCUCCCCGAUCCAUAUCCAUAGUAGGAUCUCUUGAGUGGGCUUGGCUAUCUCCUUGGCUGCUGGAUCGGGCGGGAGAUAUGGGAUUCGUAGAUAAAAGACCGGUUACGCAUUCAAUACCAUCGGUUAUUCCAGCAAAAGUCAAUCCAGUAACACCGGUUACGAAGAUUUUUUAAAAUCCCUCCUGUUGCAGCGGCAGGGAGAAGCGGAUAGGCUGACAUGAAAGAGUUCGCCAAAGAAGAACACCGGUUACGAAAGCAAAGGAUAUUCAUUGCAAGGGCAAGGCAACAACAGGUAUAGCAAGAUGCCUUACCUUAGGCAGUAUCUCAGUGAAGUUAAGACUUAUAUGCCAGUAGUUUAAAAAAAUGAUUCUUAUAAUUCAUAAGUCAUUUCUAAAGAAUGAUUCGAUGAUGUAACAGCGGAAGAAAGCCAGGAAAUUGAAUAAAGAUAGACUAGACUCUCCUAAGAGAAGCUAUUCUCACAACCUAUCUCAAAACAGAAUAGAAGAUCACAUGUCCCGGAAAGUACUCCGGAACUCACUCUCAAGACAUUCCCUGAAGUCAAACUCUCUUCCCGGACAGUGACAGGAAGUGAACUCUAUCUCCUAUCUCACAACAUAAGAUUACUAAGACUAGAAUCUGAACUCUAUUCCUGAAAGUAAGUGAUCAGACAUAGACUCCUACUCCGGACAUUGAAGACAAUCAGUCCGGUAAGCUCUUGAUAAGGGAAAGGGUACUGGCUAAUCUUGAAUUGAAUGGAUACAGUCGAUCUGCCUACCUUUCUUGAUCAAAGACUGGCACUAGUGACUCAAACUCAAAGAUUGGGAUAUCCGACCGAAUGGCACUAAUAAGGUAGCACUUUUGCCCCUAUAUGGAGAUCCACUAUCCUAUCCUGAUUAGGAAGGGAAUCUUUCCCAGGGCAGUUGAAUCCACUCUUUAUUACUUGACUGUCGGAACUGCUAACAACUAGAAUGGAUUGGCUUCCACUCUGGUCAGAUUGUCUUCUCCGGGAAGGAAUUGGUUACACUACUUGUAUUGGUAAGCUCUCCCAAUCUUGUCCGGAAAGCUGUUGAACUUCAGGUAAGAAUCUAUGACAGAGCAGUUCACUAAGGGAAGAGGUCCAUUGCCAGGGAGACACUCAAUUUCCUUCUUCUCUAAUUUGAAUUCUAAGUUGUAACCGUUGCUGGAAUGUUUGAUUGUUCAUCCGGAGAAUUCUUGUGUCGAUUCUUUGCUUUGAUUUGAAGUGCUUGUUCCUUUAAUGCCUUUUCUACUUCUAUUUAGAUUAGAAGAAAAUAGUCGUCACUUUUUGCUUCUUAGCUGCAUCAGCUUGUCAAACUCUCUCCCCUUCACAAGCCAAGUCCAGGGAAAUGUCCCAUUUCUUUCAUCAUAUGAGCCGGUCACGUAAUGAUUUGCAUACGGAUCCAAAUCCAGAGACACCAUUAAGAAAGUGGAACCCGGUGAUGACCCGACUUCCGAUACAACCGGAGAGACUUCCUAUUUUGACUUGUCAAUCUAGGAAAAGCGGAAGGACUACCGCAAUCAGAAAAAGAGAAGGCAAGCAGAGCAGAAGUAGUUCGCAACAGCAAAUAUCGAUUAGCCAACAACUGGGACAACAGAAAGAGCUGCUAGAUUCUUUAAUAAGCCGGAACCAACAAAGUUGCAUUGACCAAGAAUAAGAACUGGAGGAAGCACGCCACCAAGGCUUGCCUGACGUGGAAAAAAAAGUACUAUUCUAUAUUAUCCACCUUUAGAGUUAAAAAAGUUCCCCGUAGAACGCGAGCUGGUCUCGCAUCCCGCCAACGAGAUAGUGGGGUCUGUGGAUUCCCCGUGCUAUCUUUCCUUCCUAUUUAAGAACCAUAGUUUGAGACUCUUGAUCCCUUUACUAGAGAACAUUUGGGGCUGACCCACCCUUCUCCCCUGCUCCUCAGACAGAUCAUAUAAGUGAUUAUAUAAAUCGUCCAAGAGGGUACGAUCCGUUUCAUUAUCCAGUCCCAUCCAAUCGAGGAGCUGGUCAGCUAUUUUGUUUUUCCUUUUGACGGCUCCGAUUUGAAGAAGCAAACGAAGCUCUUCGCUCACCCGUUUCCUCUUCGUUAGCAGGUCUUGGUCGUCGAGUGGGGGGGCGGGCUCCGGCUCCUGCUCAUGAGCAGCAGGUUGGUUGAGAUCUAGCUCCGGUUGGGGGGUGCUGUUUAGAUCGAGAACCGGGCGUCUCGAAGGGCCGGCAUCGCUUCCCCCGCCUCCAAUGGAAAGAGGGAAUCCUUCCAUUGAAGACAGAAGAAAAUCGAUCCACUCGGCAAAGAAAAUAAAGAAAGGGGCGCCCCAAGUCAAGCCCCAGUUGAAAAGCAAGGGAGUCAUAUAAACUAGGAUUAGACUGACAAUCCCUCCUUUUCUCAUAAAAAAAAAGAAGCAUCUACGGAAAAUUGGAAACGCCGAAGUGAGCUGUGGCUUAUAAAUAGGAAGAUGAGGAGAUAAUGGGCGAAGGAUAUGCAUGAUAUUAGGUUGAUUUCAAGACUUUAGAUCUAGUAACGAAAGAAUUCAAGACUUUAGUAUAGAGAACUUUGACUUUUGUUGGUUCUUUACCAACUAACAGCAUGGGACGCACAGGGCCUUUUCUCUCUAUAUAAGAAAACAAAAUGGUUGACCAAAUGCAUGCUAUUUAAGCAUCUCUUGCGUGUGGGCCAUUCUUUCUAUUUUUGAAACAAUGAGAACGUCGUGCAGAUGCCCACGGAGCGGUGCCGUAGGCUGGCUGGUAAAAGAACCGGGAAGUAGAAUGCCUCUAGUAACUUCAAGCUCUGCCGUCACUGACUUUUUUGGCCGUGUGACAGUCUGUCUUCCUUACGUUAUGCAAGGAGAAAGAACACCGCAUGCUGGCUGCCCGUCUGAAAGAUCCAGCUAAAGCGAAUAUCAUCUUCCUCGAGGGUGGGGGACUCUCUAUUUAAGUUCGUCACUUUAAGGCAAGGACAAGAGCUUCGGUGUAAGCACCAGUUCGAACUCUGACUUAGAAUCCUACCUUAUCUUCUAUCUCUCUCAAAAAUGGGUAUUGAAGUUGGAUCCAAUAAACCACUAAAAGCUGACCCUCAUAAGUGAUAAGUGUGAAGAUUGAAUCCUGUAAUAUAUUUCAUAUAUAAACAAAAGAAAAGGGAACUGGUUCACGCAUUACGGGUGGAUUCCUGUUACCUCUCUAAAUGGAAGGGGGCACUUCACCGAAUGGAGCGAUAGGUCAAGGAGAUAGGUAAAGUAUGGAAAAAACCGUCAGCUCAAGUCCUAAGAGAUACCCAACUGGGAGCGGAGAAGACCAGAGAUGCCAAAAAAGAAAGGAAAGCAAAGCGGAGAGGACAAAAGCCAGCACACACUCAGACAGGAGAGCCCAACGAGAGGGAACAGGUAAGAAUGAAGCCAAUGCUGGUGGCUCAGGAAGUUAAUCAGAAUAGGCUUUUGUUGGUGCGACUAUGAGCUUCUGGGCCUGUACGAUUUCCUGUCCGAAAAGGGAAUCCUCUACAGGAAGGGCUGAGGCCUUAAGCUCACUCACUCACGGUACACGAUCCAAUUGCUCAUAAGGGCCAGGAUUUUGCUCCCAACGGGUUCGGAGGCACGGCUAGCUCCCCGUCCCUUGGAGAAUCACACCUUCCUUUCUCUUCUGCCGCUUUGAUCUCUUGUGUUGUUGCCAGUGUGAAUUUUCAAUUCCGACGUGACUCAUCUAUCAGCUCUGGGCGAACAUCAAUAUCUGAGAAUUUCGUAUUGAGCUCAUCUCGCCUUGUGGCUUGCAGCUCUUUUUCUAUUUGCCUUAUAUUGAGUUAGGUUAGUGUGCUUUGCAUGGCAUGCUUUUCUCGAAGCUCAUAUUGAAGCUCGUCGGUCAGGUCAAGAAGUUGCAUUCCGCUAAUCUAACUUGGUUCGAGUGGCUUGGUCCUCUGACAAGGACAUCUCUUUCUCUGCUUUAGUCCAAAAGUCCAUUAGGUCAUGACAUUUCUUUGAUUAGACGAUUAUCAGGUGAUCCAGAAGACCUAAUCAAUGAGAUGUAGGGCUGUAACGUUCUUUAUUCCUUCUUCAUUUCAUGUUCUAACUCCCAGUAAUAGAAUGGGAGACCUACACUUGACACUUGCUAUCUUGCUUGAUGGCUUUCUUUCAUAUUGGUUUCAGGUUCAUACUCUGCUCCCUAAUCCGGAAAGAUCGUAUGUCAAUGUUCCCAGGGUAGGAACUUCCACUUUUCUUAGUCAGAGUAUGGGCUUCGGUUCGGGACUCUGAAUCGAUCAAUCGAAUGGGAAAACUCCUUUCCUCUUUCUUUUCCCGCUUUCUCCCCACUCCUGCUCCUGUGGCUUACCUUCCGGGGGCAUGAAAUGAACCCUGAGGUUACUCUGUCCCUGGCAUCUCUUUCUUCCCCUUCAUCUUCGGGCAAGCGGGUGAACUCAUGGCCUAUUCCCUAUUUGAUUCUCUAGGCUAGUGGUCCCUUUUUGUCUGGCCAUGAAUAGUGAGUGGGACCUCAUGUUCGCCGGGUAGCCAUUCCUCGGCCUCGGGCAUUCACUCUUAUCUUUAGCUGUCCGACCCCUCUUUUCUUUCCUUUGUCGGAGAUGACUUUUUGGAUUGCUGACCUAAGCUCAGACAGGAGAGAAGGUGAUAAUUAUCAAUCGAAGGCGAUCACUACUAUCAUGCUUUCUUUCCUUCCCUUGGGAUAGCGCCUCUGUUCUUCAUAGCAGGAACUCUUCCUUUCCUUCACCCGGCCUCACGGACAGAUAUGAUAAUUGCAUAUAGAAAGAUCAGGGUCCGUAGACAGAAGCUCCCGAAAGGAAAGACGGUCCUAUCUUCACUACUACAGUACUACUAGUACAAUUAGUAGUUUCUACCUGCCGCGGUCGCAGUCCUUCCUUCCCACACGAAUGAACAAGGUUACUUGAAAGAUAGUUCCACUCGUUGAAAGAAGAAUUUUGAAUAGUGGUAGUUUCUGCCCUGACUUAUAGACAUAGAAAUGCGUUUGUCAUUGGUACCUGUCUUUUAAUUGUAAUUGGCUAUGGGCCCUACUAUUCAACAUACUGGUAGAAGGGAAUUUCUCCGCGGAUUUUCUGAACCUGAUUAGCCUGCUCCUUAGCCUUCUUCUUGAGCCUUGGAAUAAAGCCUUACUCUAGCUAUCGUUGAACUUCCCAACCUUUCGUGAUCUAACUACAAGGCGUGGGAUAGUCUCACCCAUUGGGCUCUUGUUACUUUAUCUUAGCAUCUUACUCUUAUUUGAUCUCUUAGUAGCCUGUUAGCCAGUCUUAGGAAACCCCUAAGCUUUAGAGUAGACCUAGGGACCCCUUCUGAAUUUAAUAGGUGAGUCAGUCAGUCUGCAUACCGAUCAACCGGCCCCAAAAAUCAUUUUUUAGAAAGUGGUGGUUUACGCGCAUCCAGUUCUUGGAAUAAGGGAAUAUCAUGGAGUGGCAAAAAAGGGGAUCUUCUAACUGCCAUGCCUAAGAUAUCUUUUCUUCCCAAACCAGUCUGGUCAAAGCAACGGGAUGACAGAUCGACCUAAGAUGGGAACUGCUUCGAAGCCCAAGGUUAACUCAGUUCAAAUCAAAAGGCUUCCGUUCAGCCCGAAAAAACUACCUAGCAAGGAGUGAAAAUCCACUGAGAGUGUCCUCGUCAAGGAAAAGGCUCACUACUAGUUGAAAGAAAGGCGGAUGAAAGAAUAAAUAAAGAAGAAGAGGUGCUUUUAAGCGGAAAGACGUUAAACACGAACCGCCAAUGCUGGAACCGCACCCCAUAGCGGCACCGUUUGCCAUUCAUUCAUGAACUGGCACUGGCUUUCAUCUAGUUCCAACGAUUCCUACUUCUAACUACUCUUAUUUCACACUUUCCAGGAAAUUCCAAAACCCCAGGAAGAAAGGACACUAAAUCAAGAUCUAUUCUAAUUGAAGGGGUGCAACGGCACCCUAAGCUCAUUGGGCUUGAAGAACAGGAAAGAGCGGACUAGCUAACCUAACUGCAAAGAAAGCAGUCGCAGCCGGGGAUAUCUUUUUUUUUGCUGGAUGUCGUGUUUGCGCACCAACAGGAGUCGGUCCUUGGUUGUUUCAGUACAUUCAGUUCCAAGUCAAUUCAGUUCGCGUAGUUCGUAGCCAUCGUUCGAGGAAAGAACCUGUAUUACACUACACGGAUUCAUUAACUUUCAAUCUGGAAAUUCCUACCAAGCAGAUUCCUUUGCUUUAGGGCAGGAAUAGCGGGAUAGUUAGGGGGCUUGUCUUUAAGCAGACUCUCUUUGCAGUCUUACCCGAUCUAAAUCUUCCCGCGGGACCUUCUUCUCCUUCCAUUGAGGAAGAGCCUCCUCGGGUCCUAAAAAAUAGAGGACCCCCUUUAAUUUAAGUCGGGAGGAGCAGAUGGCCGUCAAAGCCCUAGAGGUCUUUGAGCGCCAGAUGCGAAAAAAGGUCUUUCUGAUGCUGAAACCCUUGGGUUACGCGGUGGAGAGCCCCCAUGACCCUGAUAUUGAUCGGGUUGUAUCGAUUUUCCUCGUUAAUGUCGAAUCCCCUGAGUUUAGGUUUUAUCUGCAUCAUAUUGUUAACCCAAACUCCGACCUCUUUGCGGCCUUUUUAAAACAAUGGGAAGAUUUCCAUUAUCCGCCAAAUGGGCCGGGGAUCUAGGCAGGGGGAGGAGAGAGGGGAAGAUGGUCAGAAAUAGAAAGCUAUUGGACAUCAAUGGUAUUGGACUUAUUCGUAUUCUAUUCUAGUUUUUAGAGGUAGAUGUGGCCUUUCAUUCCUUAGCUUAGGGAGUGAGAGGGCUAAGGGGAAUGGGUGGGUGGCCCCUUACGCGCUUUUUUAGGAGGAGUUCAGUGUAGUCGACGGAAGCUCAUAUAGGAAACGAAACUAAGACCUAUGGUGCCAUAUAAGAUAAGCAUUUCCAGAUCGGGUAAAGAUUUCGAGAUUAGAAUUGAGUGAGGGCAGCGGUUCAGCUUUAGGUCUCGGUUCAGGUGCUGGCUCAAGUACUGGUGAAAGUACCUGAAGGUGACAUCGGCAGGAGAGGCUCCAGCACUGGUUUGUAAGGGUGAAGUCAUCAUAAGUGGUUGACUGGGCCUAGGAACGACCGUCGGGGCCCGCGAGCUUUUAAGGCAAAUUCAUCGUUUUUCGCUCGUGUUUCAUGCGUGCCUGUAUGAAUUGCAUAAGUCAUUGUGUUUUGGCGGUGGAGAAGUACAGAAGUGAACAGUGUGUUAGUAUUUAGUUGUGCGAAGCAUUGUUGACAAGACUUACUCAACUCACUGCUUUCACCUGCUUCCGGUGACAACUACCACUCUCUUAUGAAUGGGAGAGUAGAGUACCAAGACAUAGGGGUUGGCCAGCGAAGGCGGUUUCUUUAGUACCAGAUAUACGUAUUUCGAAUUCUUUUCAUGGCAGUUCGCACGAAAGAUAAGGAAAACUGAAAAGCUUCUCAAACCAGAGUAGGAAUUCGAUCAAUUGCUAUCAAUGCCAGGAGGCAGAUCAAGAUUCAUGGGAACGAUAACCUUUUCCGAAAAGAGUAAAGCGAGAGAUAGGAUAGAUGAAUAGGUUUAAGCCUUUAUCCGCUUGGAGGGAUGAAUUUCAAAUUUUUAAGGCUUCGUUUUUCUCCGGCAAGCAGCUAGGGAAGCAUUUAUUCCCAAGCGAUAGGGCUUGGAAUUCAUAUUGAUGCCUUAGUCCACUCCGAGAUAGAAAGAUACCAAUAAUGGAAAAAGAUAUGCUCUCCAACAGUAGGUUGAUCAGUUACUUUCGGUAGGGACGGGAGACUGCCACUGAUGGGAAGGCGAUAAGAAGCCUGAAAGCGAUUCUGACACAAGAUACGAUGACAGGAAGGGAGUUCGAUCAGAAAUAGACAGAAAAAAAGGCUGCUAGGCUCCUUUCUUUCUCAUAGGAGGGGUUCGCAUCCAACCCUUAUCGAUACCCCUCGCUAGGACAUUUAAGUGAGUCGGGUUUCGAUCCGGCUCCGAAAUGAGGCGGUGUUACCAAUGACUCGAUACUCCGCUGCUACCGAAUGAAGUUCGUCCUUCCCCCCUUUCCCUAUAAUAAAGUGCAGGCCCCCGUAGAUAGAUGUCCCAUAUAGCCCCUCCUCUCCGGGGUUGGGUCGAAAAAGAAUCGAAUUGGGUUGAGAGGAGUUUCUGAACCGGGGAGGAUGGAUGAAUUAAGAUAGUGAAGAUGGUAUAGUUGGAACUGAACCCAACUAAUGCGAGGACCGGAGAAUUAGAUGGUCUUCCUGAACAGGCUUUUGAUCUAAUGAAGAAUGACUGGAAAUGGAUUCCCGGGGGGGUUAGGAUCACGAGAUUUGAGGGAAAAUGAAGAGGAAUAAAGAACCUUAUUAGGCUUACAGCAGGAACUCGAAUAAGACCGGACUCUCUCGACGAAAAGGCCUGACAAGGGAAGGAGGUGAAUACUCGAAAGCCAAAGAUCUCUUUCGUCUCGUCCCGUCAGUAAACAUUACUUUCUUCUGGCCCGAAGUCCCUUAGUUGAGUGCCGCUUUGAAUCUGAAGGAAGGCAGUGGGAGAUACUUCCUGAACCGAGUGAGGUAUAGACAGAUUAGAUUAUACCACUGUGUUGUGGCGAGACCGAGACUAGAGGUUCUAACUCGAAACCCUAAGAGAAGAGCCCCCACUAUACUAGUUUCCCCCCGAGUCAAAUCUAUAAGACUUUCAUAUCAUCUAAUAGACUAUACUAGCUACGUUCAUCUACUCCACUCGCUGCCGGAGGACAGACAGAUUAUACUCUAGCUGGAACGAAGGUACGAGCUCUGCCCCCGAACAAGACAAAAUGAAGAAGAGGCCGAACAAGCAAAAAAGGAAAGAGGGAAGGAAAAUCCCACUCAACCUUCUUCAACAUUCGUUCGGAUACUCCUUAUGACUAUGAUUGCCCCCCAAAGAAAGGCGUUCAUACCAAGCCAAUACACCUACCCAUCUAUCUAUUGCGACUACUCCCCUAUUAUGGGGUACUCGAAGACCGUUCAACACACGAACUAAUAGAAAGGGAGAAAGCUCAAUCGAAUGGACAACCUUAGCCCCAGCGCGAAAGACAGGAUUCGAAGCCGCGGUACAGAUAAUCAAACUUUCUGGGAGAUCCCAGACUUGCAAUCAAUCCCGAUGAUUAUUAUGCGGAAACCAGCUAAAUCAGAUCCUUCGGUCCGGGUCUCCUUCUAAGAAAGCAACCAACUCUGUUAGCAGUUAGCUUUUCGAUGAAAGAAUCUUUUAUUGACUAGGAUAGGUGGCUCGGAAUUCUCUUUCCCGUUCCAAGAAAGCACGACUCUCGACUUAGGUCUGGCCUCAGGUUGGAGACAGGUGGAAUGAUGAAGCAGACGACUUUUUAACCUCUGACACCGGAAUGUGACCUUCCUUCGUUCGACGCCGACUCCCGAUUCAAGGCGACGAGUCUUUCAACUUUGACAACGGGGGGGGCUACCUUUGGACUCAACUCUUAGUGGAAUUUGCCUCAUAACCUGACUUGAUUGAUUCACCUUGGUUAUGUAACCACUAAAAGAGGUGGUCGAGGCCUGACUUAUUCUGUUCAGGCUUGUGAGAGUUCAAUCACGCUACAAUCAGACGAUUUGAUGCCGGUGCAGAUGAAUUUUCUUUAUUAUAGUCUGAUCCGCUAAAAUAGUCUUAAUUCACCGGAUAUGAGAAAGAAAUGAAUGAAAGAAGAGGGGUUUACGAAGUCCUUCAAGUUGAUUGAAGGUCUGGGCCAAGCAAAGGCAAAAAGGAAGGCUUCUUCCCUCUCCUGUCUGGGAGUAAGAUAAACCUUGCCUUCCCUGGAUACUGGUCCCAAGGUAGGAGUAGCGGCUUAGUUAGUGCACGAAAUAAAUGUGACUUUUGGCACAUAAAGGUCCGUAUUCGGUCCGUCAAUGGCUCUUUCUCCGAGGCCAGAGGUAAAUAUAAAGGGUAACGGCCGAAAAAGAUAAAUAUCAAUAUUGUAUUCGAAUAGCCUGCUUCCCCCCAUUACUCAAGGGGGAAAAGCUUAGCCUCCCAUUCUUUCAUUCUUUCAACAAUAGAGGACUAAAACCUGCUGCCUAUUUCCUCUGAGCUCCUUAGCUUGUAGUUAUCAUUACUCUCCUAGCUGCGAGUAGGAAGCUAUCGGAGUAGCUUCCCAUCUUUCGACCAAGAUUCGCAGUUCUUUCUUAUUGUAAAAGGGUCCGCUAUCCUAUUUCAUAUCUAAUAUAGGAAGUCAGUGGUGGCAUCUCCUGCUUAUGCCUGCCCUUUUCCUCUUCCUUCGCUUCGCGUCUGCCUAUCUAUUAUGAAGUAGGGAAAUCAAAACCUGGGUACCACCCGCCAGUUGCUAGUAGGACAGCUCUUAGAGGAGCGGCCAUUUUGCAAAAAAGGUAGGUUGCUGACUUGAGGACUCUAAUAAGCUGUAAGACGGCGGGAAUAUGCAAAGAAAGGUUUAAGAAUUCCACAGUCUUGAGGCUAUCCUAUUACGAAAUUUCGUAAGUAGUAUUCGAAAUCGCUUCGUCAGAUAUUCGGGAACCUAUGGUCGCUUAACGAUUCGGUUAGCCGCCUAGUAUGGUAGUUGUCCUGAGGUUUGGUUAGCCCAGGCGGAUGCAGUUAUGUUCCUAAAGGCCGCGGGCUGAUAAGAAGAGCGAGGGGAGGGUUUUUUGCUAAAACCCCUGGAUUUUCUAGCUUAAAGCUUUACGAAAUCACAAGAACAAAGAAUAACAUGAUUCAGAGAGAUAACCUGGUCUUUAGACACUCGCCCUACUUCUAAGGAUAGAUAGAAAAGGUUGGGGAGUGCCAGAUGCGGAAGCAGUUCCAGUCCCAGCUGCUGAGGUGGCGUAGUGACAGGCGAGAGCAAUAACAACAGAAGCAGCGAAAGAUCCUGCAGUAGUAUAUUAGGUUGUUUGCGGUGGAAUAGAUUCAAGCGUCCGGGCCAGUAGAUCCAGAGCAAAUAGGCGUUGACUUAGUUGCUUUUUUUUGCAGUGGAUUCUAAUCCCGAUGUUGAUCCGACGCAACUUACCGGUGAUAGUCGCAGCACCUGGAGCUUUCAAGGGAGGAGUUUCAAAUUUCAAGCAAUAAGAAAAUAGGCCUUUGCCGCUUCGGGACUGCUUACUUACAACAUUUCGAACACUAUCAGGCGAUGAUGCGGGUGAGGAGUUAGAAAAAGUCAACAAGGAAAGAGCCGAAUCGAAGACUUUGAAUGUUUACGGAAGGAUUUCCGUUCCGAUCCUCAAAGAAAGGUCAGUCACUUCACUAAGAAAGGAAGGAACAAAAUUACUUGUUGCUGGGUCAGCUCUUACAAUUACAAGAAGUCAAGCAAAAGCCAAUGGCGCUAGGCCGGCAAGAAGAUAAACUCGAUCCGAUGCCCUUACCUGACUCUGAUUCGAACACAAAACUCAUUCCUUGCUCCGUGGGCAGGAGCGAACCGGGGAACUCUAACAAAGAACGUGAGGAAAGGCACUGCCGCUGACUAAGAUGAUAGGCGCAUGGGGACAGACCUUAUACUCGUACUCCCAACCGUCAGACCAAUCAACCAUAAGACACUAGGCGAUGGUCCCACACAGGUAAAGCAGCUACAAGAACUAAAAGAAUAAGAAAAGGGUUUUACAGCGCCCCUGACACAUCAAUUUGAAUCCAAAAUCGAAAAGAAAGACGUUCCUCACCCUCAAGACAAAGAAAGCUGUACGUACGAUACGAUUAGGAUCAGAGAAAGAACUGCUAUGAACUCAGGCACCCAUAGAAGGUUUUCCUGAACACGGGAUCUAAGCCUAAGCUCGUUGGACUUGCUAAGGGAACCUCUUUCGAGAUGCGAAGAAUAGCCCUAGUCUGAUAGCGGAGUUAAGUGGAGGAGAAGAAAGACAAGCAAUACAGAAAGGAAGAGCUCCAGGGUUUGUUUAACGAAGAUAAUGGCUCACCAUCACAGGGAAUCUCAAAGCCCUGACGUUCGGACGUUAAGUUGCAAAAUCUCGCUGAUGUAAGGAUCAAUGAUGGACACAGCGAAAUUAGGAUAAGCAACAAAAGAGACGGCUCCGUUUGCCAGAGAUGGCUGUACUCUUGCGAGCAUCGUCGAAGGUAUUCCACCGACGAUCUAGGACACAAAGAAUGCUGCCAGUAUUUACGCCGACCCUAGUAAAUGGGACUGUAUUGCUUUCAUUGCGCCGAUGGAAUAAGAAUUCAAUGGAGGACUUCCUGGUGCGUGCCAAUCAUUCAAGUGGUGAUCUGGCAUCGUGAGCAGAAGUCGAUAGAGGAACGAGGCAGCCGAGACCGACUCACCGCCACAUACUAUCCCAAAAGCUUUUAUCUAAAAAACCUGCAGUUCCUCAUGCACCUUCGCCUAGAGUCCAUCAAAGGCCAGCUCCCGCACAAAUCUCCUCUGCCCACUCUAGAUGUUGCACUUUCAGAGCUUAUAGCUUAAGAGAUUCGUCUGCGAGUCCUGGCUACCUCCUGUUAGUGUAGCGGCAUUCCCUUGCCGUCGUGUUUCUGGGUUUCGUGCCACAUACAUUGUCGUUUCUGACGGGCGUAGAAGGACCUUCCUUCCAACCAAGAAGGCUCUAUAAGGGGAAUCAAAACAGAAUAAAUAUAGAUAUGUUAUAGUAUAAGUUUCCUUAUCAAACCAGUAGCUUCAAUUUCUAGAACAGCAAGGUAAGAAAGGGAUAAGAUUUCAGUGCCAGUGAGUAAGGAAGCGGGUGAGCUCUCAGGUCUGGGAGUUAAGGGCUAGCAGUACUACCUGUAAAAGGUAAGGGCCUACUAAGCUAGUUCAACAAGAAAAAGUAAACUAGAUAAGUCAAGCCAAGGGAAGUUCUCUGCCAGCCAGGUUAACCUCUAGCCAUCGAGCUUAACUUUUCGAAGUAGGAGUAAUAUCAUACCUUCCGUAGUCUACUGUUCAAAAAUCGUGAGUUCCCAAUACAGGAAGUGCUAUUUCUUGCUUAAUUUCUUUAAAGUCAGCCAAAAAGCGAGCAGGGUAAAAGAGAUUCGGAUAGGAGCGAUUAGUAGAAGGCGAAUGAAUAAGGUCCCUUCGAUUGAAGUCAUAUCCAGUUGAAAUCAUAGGGUAAGCCUCGUAAGCCAUUGUAGAAGGAGUUUCAAGUAAUCCAGUUGGCGCGAAAGUUGCAGUUGUUGUCUUGGAUAGCCAGUUCUAGGACAAGCCAAUAAGCUCUUAAGCUCGGAGAUUUGUCAAGUUCGUUUAUCUCCAGCCAGCCCAGAGAGACUCUCUUGCCAUUCAAUUCUCGUUCUUUCAUCCCUGCUCGCUAUUGAAAGCCCUUCCAAUAACACCAUCAGGUUACAGUUAUUUCCUUCCUCGAAAGAGUUCGAGUUUGAUCUAGUAUGAGAUCUAAUUACAGCUGCUAGUUUCGCCUCAAAAAAGUCUUACUUAAUCCCCCUUCUUCUAGCCAUCCAGUUGCAGUGAGAAUUGCCAGCCAUAUAGUUUUAGAAAAAAGGUAAUCUCCUCUAGUGUAAGUGCCAGUUUCCAGCCUUCUUCAGCCAUGGAUAAUGGCAAAAACUGGACAGUAUUCGAAGGAGAUGAAGAAGAUUCUGCCACUCUGCCAGAAAUUGGUUUGGAUGACUUACAGCCAACUAUUUCUUGCAUCAAACAGGGGAGAGGUCGGCCAUGAUCUAGCCCUUCGACGGAUAGUUCGUCAUCCGAAAAUGUGAUGAUUUUUGGCGCCAGGUAUCAUUUGACUCAUUGUUUCGGGGGAAGUUUGUUCAGGCACAUGCGCGUUUCGAAGCACUCAACUAAACGAUUCCCGAUGUGCUUCCAAUGUAGAAAGUCGCUCGGGGUUCACUCAAAGUGCGCUACAUUCCUACUGAGCACCAGGUAGCAGAUGUCUUCACCAAAUCUCUGUCAACAUCUCGCUUUGCCUUUUUGUUUUGCGUGGCAAGCUUCACAUUGGAACCCCACGUUCAGCUUGAGGGGGCAUGUUAGACAUGUUUCUGUUGGAAUUGAUGGAGCGCUUUCUGGCUCAGCUGCAGCCUCAUUAGAAGAAGGUUCGUAAUCGACUACCUCUUCUUCUAAUUGCUGGCUUCUCGUUCCUUCAAAUUCUGCGUCAGUUGUUUUAGGGGUUCGCAAACUUGGCAAACUACUUCUUCUGCCAAGCCAUCCACCAAGUCCUGUGCAGUUUUUUUGAGGCUGCCUAUGAAAAAAAGGGGGAGUUCUUUGAACAGUUCUUAGCGGAUAACUUAGAUGGCUAUAUCAUUGAAAAGCUCAUCGACAGCAUAGUCUACCCUAUACUCGAGGUCGGCAUCAAAAAAAGGAAUUUUUCCCGCUCGGAUUUCGAUUUCCGCAACUUGGACAAUUAUGUGGCUAUCCAACGGCACGCCUAUAUCUUUGAUCCAUGUAGCUUGAGCUCAAAACAUCGAUCGUUUUCCCGGCUCUUAACCGACUUAAAGAAGGAGGAGAGCUCCGUAAACUCUCAAGUAAAGCGCGAUAUUCAACGCAAUCUUCUCGAUUUCAUUUUACAAGAAUGAAGACUUUGUUCCUUCAAACAAGUAAGAUCACUAUUGGAAUUGAGUGUAUAAGGACCUUUCCAUUUUCUUUUUUCGGUAUGCUGCUCCGCGAGCAAGGAGUGCCGCGCACGAGCGGAGCGAAAACAAAGCAGUGGGAAUUCUUCGUUGGGGGAAAAUCCUUUGAUUGCGUAUUGAAUAUAGAUCAAUGUCUUUCUUGUUCCACUAGCUAGGACCAAAUUCUCACAUGUCCAUUUCGUUAUUACAACCUUCUUUUUUGAUGUCAAAGACCAGAAGCUAUUCGCAAAUUCUUAUUGGAUCUCGGUUGUUCUUAACAGCGAUGGCUAUUCAUUUAAGUCUUCGGGUAGCACCACUAGAUCUUCAACAAGGUGGAAAUUCUCGUAUUCCGUAUGUACAUGUUCCUGCGGCUCGGAUGAGUAUUCUUGUUUAUAUCGCUACGGCUAUAAACACUUUCUUGUUCCUAUUAACAAAACACCCCCUUUUUCUUCGCUCUUCCGGAACCGGUACAGAAAUGGGUGCUUUUUUUACGUUGUUUACCUUAGUUACUGGAGGGUUUCGGGGAAGACCUAUGUGGGGCACCUUUUGGGUGUGGGAUGCUCGUUUAACCUCUGUAUUCAUCUCGUUCUUUAUUUACCUGGGUGCACUGCGUUUUCAAAAGCUUCCUGUCGAACCGGCUUCUAUUUCAAUCUGUGUUGGACCGAUCGAUAUACCAAUAAUAAAGUCUUCAGUCAACUGGUGGAAUACAUCGCAUCAACCUGGGAGCAUUAGCCGAUCUGGUACAUCAAUACAUGUUCCUAUGCCCAUUCCAAUCUUGUCUAACUUUGCUAACUCCCCCCUCUCAACCCGUAUCUUCUUUGUUCUGGAAACACGUCUUCCUAUUCCAUCUUUUCUCGAAUCUCCUUUAACGGAAGAAAUAGAAGCUCGAGAAUCCAUACCAAAACCUAGUUCACUCGCUGACUCUCUUUGCAUCCAUGGCUGAAUGGUUAAAGCGAUGGAUAAUAGAGUGGGUUCGAUUCCUGCUGGAUGCACUUUGAACGUUCAGUUCAAUCGCUGCUCACUUAUACAUAUAGCUCGCCCUUAUUGGGGCACUUCACUCGCUCAACACUCGUUCAAAACAUCCACUCCUUCUUCACGGAAAGAAAAGGGACUUAAAAUCCCGCUUAGAGAUCGAAACUAUAGUCAGAGUAGGCCAUCCAUCAUCUCCGUCGAGGCCUCGUUUUACCUUCCAAUUACGAUCCGUCGGAUUGAAACCUCCAUUAGAUUCGGAAACUAAGGACGAGAUUACCAUCGCAUCGGCUUGGAUGUCCCGAAUGUUCUCGGGUCGCCUCAUAUUUUCCUUAAUCUAAUUAAUCAGCACCGGGUGGUGAUGGAGAUUUAUUGCGGCCUUCUCCUGUUCAUCAACUCGAACCUCAUUCUUCUGCAGUUGAUGUUACGAUCAGCCGUGCUCUUCAGGCCAUCUGCCGAUUGUCAGCCUGUUCAGCUGACCUAAGAGGAUUCCAAUCACCCGGCGCAGCAUGUUUAUUCUCGGCGGCGAUUACAGUCUCUUUCCCCAGGUAAGACUACUCCAGAAGAUCAGCAGCUCAGUUGCUUCCCUUCCAGUCGCUUCCUCAGAUUCAGGAUCCCUCUCUCAGGUUCGUCGAUCCUCGUGAGUUUCUUAUCUUGUUUAAGUCUUUUUGUCUUAUCUUAUGUCCCCAAAACAUCGAGCUUACCUCAUGUCAGUUCAAUCUUCUCAUGAACCUGAAUCAUUUGCUGAAGCCUUCAAUCAUUCUUGCUGGAGAAAUGCUAUGCAGGAAGAUGCCCAGGAAAAAAAGAAUAAGACGUCAGUCUCAUUGCCUGCAGGGAAACAAGCCAUUGGCUGCAAGUGGAUUUAUCAAGAUCAAGCAUAAAGCAGAUGGCUCGAUAGAGAGAUACAAAGCUAGAUUAUUAGAACAAGGAUUCCUUCAAGAAUAUCACGUCGAACCCCUUUAAAGAUAGGGAAAACAUUUUCCCCAGGUUGAAAAAAUUACCACCAUUCGUGGCAUUCUUUCUUUGGCUGCAAUCAAGAAGUGGCCCUUAUUUCAACUUGACGUGAAGAAUGCCUUUCAACAACAUAAGGAGGGGGGAUUCGCAAGAAUAAGUUUCUAUUCAGCCUCCUCCAACUACAGGCUUCUCUUCUCUGGUAUGCAAGCUCAAGAAAGCGAUUUACGUUACGGCCUCCGACAACUAAAGCAGGCACCAAGAGCUGACGAAGGGUGCCUUCUUUCAGAAAUUUAGCUCGUUUUGCUUUAUUUUUGAUAAAGGGUUCCACUGUAGCCGUGCGGAUUCUUCCAUGUUUGUUCGUCGACGUCAUGGUCGUUGCCUCAUUCUUCUUUUAUAUGUUGACGAUAACAUUCUCACCGGAAAUGACUCGCUUUUUUUUAUCCAUAUGGAUGAAGAGCUAUUUGUGCAUCUUACAUCUGCAUACCCAAAAGGGGGCGCUCUAUGGUAUUCAAGGGGUUUUUAUGCCUUUGAGUCAUCAGAAGAGCGUACUGGUUCCGCCUUACUCAAUAGGGGCUUGGUAAAAAAGGUAUAUUGUACCCUACCUUUACCUUACCAAAGAUUGAAAAAGGAAGCGCAGAAAAGACCUCCGGGUUAUCAGACUUCCCGAAUGGUCUUCGGGUUAGAUAGUAUGUAGAGAUAGAAACCGGAAUGGACGAUAGGGGAGCUAUUUGGCUGAAAACUAAAAGGGUAAAUUAGUCUCUCAUAUAAGCCAUUACUGAGUUAAUUCGGGGGGGAAAGGGGUUAGUAAGCUUCUCGACCCCGGUAAGAGUUGAGUUCGUUGAUCCCAGGCCAGGUCGUUGCACGGUAGGCGGCUUGGAGUAAAGGCAGUCAGGGUUGACGUCGUCGUUAAGGCUCAGAGUUGGAGUGAUCUCCGGGUCAAUGAAAGAGGUGAGACCGAAUUGGAAAGGUUUGAAGAGCUAAGCUUUCAUACUUGACCUUCCCCACGUUAUGUAUUCUAUGAUUCGAAUCUCUCAAUUACAAGAUGAGGAAACAAAAGCUGAAAUCAGAGGCUUAUUUUCCGAACAAAGAAACAUUAUUCUAUAACUGGGCCUGGGCAUGCUUUCGCGAUUGCUUUGUUUGGUUCUUAAAUGGUGGGUCGAUCAGUCUACUCGCCCCUUCGACCGGACCGAGAAAGGGCGUACAAGACUUUAUUCAAGGAGAUCGGGAAAGAUCAAUGCGAGAGCUAAAAUCCAUUGGUACAACAUAAGAGAUCCCUCCUUUGUUUGUGGGGGGGCCUGGAUAUUCGGAAACCCGUCUCAUGCAAUGCAAUAAGGCGGUAAUCCUGAAUAACUUGCGGCGUUCGACUGAUAUCGACGUUCGGUUUACCUGUGCCUGCGUGGGGGAACGGCCCGGGUGCUCUUUGCCUUUAUUCGAACCCGGCCGUCCGUGAUGGGGCUUUUCUUCUUAUUUACGAUGCCAUCGGCGCUUUUCCCUCUGCUUUCCGUUUGGUCAACUCACGUACUAACUCGAUCAUAACAUAAGAAAUAGGCCCCACAUAUUUUUGAUGAUAUGCCACAGGAAUCUCCCAAAAUAAUAGAUAAGGCCUAGGACCAAUGGCACCAGCAGAUAGCAAGACCUCGCCACUUCAUCAUUGCAUAUGGUCAGCCUAGCUGAAAUGGGAAUCAGUCUUUCUUGUUUUGUUGUUAUAAUAAGAAUAGAAUGAAUUGGUGGAUAGCUUUCUAUCGGUUCCAAGUCCAAGUAAAGUUGGUUUGACCAUGCCCAUGGCUGGAUAUAGCAAGUGUACAGCGCGCUCCCAACCUCUUCAUAGGCCAAGUUGCAAAGUCCACAAGCAGUGGAUUGAAGGACCCACUUAAGUCUAUGGAAAGGUUCUCAACUUAGGACAGAUUCGUCUUAUAAGAUUGUGAAGUUCCCAGGCCCAGUUUUGGGAUUGAUUUCCACCCUCACCCUGGUCAGUAAGAUUAAUAUAGUAAGAAGGGAAUUCUCUCUUGAAGGAAAAGUAACCCGAGAAAGGAGAAUCCAAACCUUAGAAAGGGAAAGGGCCUAUGACCAAUCCACCCAUAGAGAGAGGCUUUCGUCCGCUUUUGAUUUAGCCAUCGAUAGAUAUUAGGAAAUUGCUGGAACGUCAACCCCUCUGUCUUUCCUAUGUCUUUCGUGAGAAGAAGGCUCAUCAAGAUGUCGUCGGAUCACAUUACUUUGCCUCCUUUUCUGCGGUGCUUAUCUUGGCAGGGUUGGAAUGGCCUUUAAAGCUAGCGAUUUCGGGUGCUAGGUCCGCCGCGUCUGUGAUGCGCUGACCAGACUGUGCUAGAGAAAAAAAAACCCUUCCCCCCCAAGGUCAUUUGAUUGAGGGGUACCCUGCGCUUGGACAAAAUAUGCCAUACCAUAUAGAGCAAACUUCCCCCUGGUUAUGAGUGAAAUUCACUUUUUUACACCUAUGUGAAACGGGAUUUUUCUCAUUGCAAUCUUGGUUUAGGCAGGAAAAGAAAGUUCGAACGAUUUCUCCCAAAGGUUACCUUCUCACUUUCCAAUGAAUGGCAUUCCGAGGUAAUUUCAUUUGAUUAAAGGGGCCAAGAAAAAAAAAGAGAACUAGAUACCUUUCUACGAUUGAGGCCCCUCCUCAUUCCUAUUUUCAUUCGAAUCCUCCUCGUAAUCGGAGGAUUGGUGCUUCUUUUUUUUGGGAGCCUGGUCUUUAACCUGGAGAUAGAAGCCUUCCUUGAAAGGCUGAAAGCCCUUCUUCUCUCCAGCGGGGCCCGCUCUCUCCUUUCAAAACUAGGCCUCUCGGGGGGUCUAGCUGGAUUGGCGCUAAGGGCCCUCAUUACCAUUUCCGGGGUAGCAUCCGAUAUAGUGGGUCCUCAUGAUGCCCUCUGGGUCGGAUUCGGGCACAAGGCUUCCCCUGCCGGAAACGGACUCUUCCCCUCUGUCCUCCCUAGGGAGCUUCAGUUCCGUAGGCUGGGCGGACUCGUCCUUCGGGGAAGUCUCUUCCGCAGGGGAAAGACAUGGAGUCGCAAAUACGCCGGGGCAGCAACCGGCUGCGACUCUACCCGUAGGGCAACCGGCUGCCCAUCCCGUCGCGGAACAACCCGUUCCAGCGCAAGAACCCGAACCCGCCAACACGAGCCUCGGCGCACAGGAAGCUCGUCCUGCUGGCGAGGAUGGGGGUUCAGCAAACGCUGCCCCACCAACAUCAGACCAAGUGAAAGAAUCAUUGAGAGCCUUCCUGAAUCAGUUUAGGAAGAAAAAAGUCAAUGAUUCUUUCUUGAACAAUGCCGCGCGGGACCUCGACCUGGAACGGGCCACGCCCGAGAAGCUUCAAAAACUGCUGUCGAUUAUGGAAGAAUUGUCCAAUGACAGCAGAAGAAGACCAAAUUCCGGUCAAAAUGCGGCCGCCCAAUUAUAUAUGGAUAUAAUAGAUUGGGAAAAACAGGCUGCGUCGGGGAGUAAUCACUCGUGAUAGGGCAUAAGGGGAGAGGACAAGGUCAAGAGGAAAAAAGAAAUAAAAAAGAAAAUCAAAUGAAUCCCCCGGUCGAUAAAAGAAAUACAAAAAAUGUUUAUUCUUGAGAUGAACAUCGCACUAAAUAGUGCAACGCCUUUUUGUUCUUUGGCGAGAAAUAAGAGCAGACAUUUUUAUGCGGUUACCUAUAGAGUUUGGAAUUAAAACUUCCGACUUUUAGUGAGUCUGAAAUGGAAAGGAAAAAAAGCUGGAUACGACCCUUUAUUAUGAUAACCUUGAGUCAUGCCGAAAAAAGGGCAUUAACUCCUCAAAACGUUAUAUCUCGGAUAACAGGUCUUUUCAGUUGUAGUUCCAUUGUCGUGGCUACCGAAAAACACCAAGUUGGUGGGUUUCAUUUCCACGCCACUGAUGCUGGAGUUGUCGAAGCCUGGGCUGUCUACUAUGGAAUGAAGCUAGCAUUGGAAGCUUUCUUUUACCGAAUAGAUGUGGAGACAGACAGUGUGGGAGCCGUGCUCCAACAAGACCCGAGCCUAGCAUUGGACACAUUGUGGAUGAUAUUAAAGCUCUAAUUUCUUCUUUUGAUUUUGAAGUUUCUAAUUGAAUGCGGAUACUCAUAAGAAUGGUAAGAGGGUGGCACAUCAAUUAGCUAAACUAUCCAUUUCAUCAUCAGGGAUGGGGAAAAUAUGGUUAUAGGAGAUUCCUGAAUCCAAUUCCUCUAAUAAACUAAGGAGUCCUUCUGUGUAAAGUUAGCUAGUGUGGAUUCGCGUAAAGCUGUCAAACAACUUACAUUCGCGGAAACUAUUAAUAUUCUCGGACACAACAACCAGAAGCCAUAUCUUUCGUCGCUUGCUGCCAAACAACCUAUUGCUAUUGACAAGAGCCGGUCAAUGCCAUUCAAUGUCCAGCCAAUAACCAAUCACGGAAGCAAGCCGAAUCCUUAGACUUAGAGAAGGCUGGAAGAAAGGGAUCAUAGCGGUGAAGGAGGACGACCGGAAGCAUGUCUUUACUGGGAAAGCUGCCAAAUCAUUCAUAUUCUCGGAAGCUCUUGUCAAAGGAUUUCAUUCCUGCAAGGUGGGCAUCGAAAUCCGACAUAGCCAUAGACCGAGCAGUGGUUUUCGCAUCCUAGUGAGCAGACUCUCUUUGAAGCUCAUUGAGAACAGCCUCAGACUUUCCAUUCUCUUUCUUUAUAUUUAUAUAAAUUCCCUCCCCUCGCCCUCAUCAGAAGAGAGCUAUGCCAAAACCAAAGGUGCCUACCGCUAGUGCAACUCUUUCUAUGAAUAGAAAUCUUCCUCUACGGCGGAAGGUGAACGUCAGGGAUGACUCAGCUGGCUUUAACUAUCUUGUGGGAAUAUGUUAGGAAGGAAGAAAAUCUCUCCUCGAAGAGUUUGGGCACUGCCCCACGAUUUCUUUGCCGUAUCCCCGUCAUCUUCGCUCACAUUGAUAAGAGCAUUAUCUAACGUAAGGAGAUCUGUAUUCACAGGUUCAGAUUGCUGAGAUCGUGAGCCAGUCAGCGUCUUGCUGCUUUCUCUCGAGAGCGUUAUUUGCUUUACUUUAGAGAAAGAGUUGUUUCUUUCUCGCAAGCUCAGUGACCGGCAGACAGCAUGGAAUGAAAGAGCUUACUUACCGAAGUUUUCUAGAUGAAUCAUUCCCGAGGUUCUUCUUUCUUCACUAGGAAAGAUCUAUAUCUUGCUUGAAUAGAAGAUAUAAGUGACCCACACUUGGGCGACUAGGGAAUAAGAAUCUCUUUUUCCAACAAACCCGUGCUGUGAGGAAAGCCGCUUGAAAGCAGAUUGCUACUGAAUUUACUGACUUGCUUGCAUGGGUCAGACUUCAGGGAAGAAUCUUCUGAAGCGCCAAAAAGCCGUGGCACCCUUCUACAAGACGUCGAAUCAGGAGAUUCUUUGCAAGCCUUUUCCCCUAUAGAAGAUCUCCCUUUUCGAAAUGCUGAAAGUUCACUUCACCCAACUCUAUACCGAGCUCUUUCUUCCCUGUUUCAGGAUCGCUCAGAACAACUGGCUUCUUCACUCGUUGAUUCCCAGAUCUAAAAUGCAAACCGGCUGCUUCGCGCAUCUAUUCUCUCCUGGCCGGUUUGGAGACUUGAAACCUUCACUUCAGCGGUUGUGUGCCCGAAGGUGCCUUUCUUUCCUUCUUGCCCGAGUUAAGCUCACUCACGCAGUUUCGCGUUUCCUGGUUCGCUUUCUACCUUUGUUUUCGUAUUAGAAUCUCCUAUUUCAACCGUAGUUCAUGCCAAGCAAGCUUCAUGCUGAAACUAUCUUCCGAAGAAUGUCCUGCUUCUUCCCCUCUACUGUGCGGGUGCUAAGACUAGUUUUUUCAUUUUGAGCGUGGUCAUAGGAGUUUUCGGAGCUCACUUUGCAGGUCAGAACUAUCAGAAGACGAAAGAGAACUUAUUCAGACGAAUAGUGUGCCGGUGCCCCCAAAAACCCUACAUUAGCAGUUCGGGUGAAAUCAGACUAAACCAAGGUCGGAGAGGCCUUAGGUAGUAAUUGAGAUGCCUUCAAUUCAGACAAGAGAUGACGCACGCUUCACAAGGAGGUGACGGUGAGGAGUAAGUUAGCCUGGAUUCUUGAUCUAUACUCAGGUUCACUUCUACUAGUUCAUCGACAGUGGCUUGCCCUCUAUUUUCAGCUCUUCGGGGAGCUUCUUUCACUUGGUCGUUCCCUAUUUAAGACAUAAAGACCGGCUUUGGUAUCGACUUAAAUUAAACUUAGGCACCUUCUUUAGCUUGAACUUCGACUUAGGUUUCGACUUCAGCCUCGGCAUCGUUCUCUCUUUCUUAUUCUUCAUCCGAAUCCUAUUUCUUUUCUUCCUCCUUGGAGCUCCCGAACCGGAUGGUUUAGUUGUUCGUGGGGUUUGCCUAUAUGCAUGUAUUUUCUUUCUUCUCUAACGGUGAAAAUAGAGCCGUUUAAGCCACGAAGUGCCCUCUCUUAAAAACUUUGCCUAUCGGGCUAGAUAAACUUACCUUUCUCUGCCCUAGGCAUGUUCCAUUAAAGUAGGUUUAGGGAGGGUAAGCCAUGUCAGGACGAGACAUCACCAUUCCUGGAUCAGGCCUAUCUUUGCCGCUGUCCAAUCCCAUGUCUACUUCAUCCAAUUCCCUGUCUACUGAAAGCAGGAACCAUCUAAUUGCAAUUCCAGAGGCAUAUCCUUAGGAACUGAUUGACCAAGGUCUUACCCUUAGCCUUAAAGAGAGAAGCCCGGCCCUAUCACGCUCAUCUCUUCCUUUCAUUUAAACAGGCAAUUGCCCACCUUCAAGCUAAAAGUCUAGUCGUAUUUAUUACUUAUUCUUCUUCCGCCAUACCCAUGAGUCAUUCACUCCCUAAAGAGAUUGGAGAAUAGUAACUAAGAUAAGAGUUCUGUUUUACUAUAUGAUUUAACGAAAAGAGGUUUAUAGUAAGUGUUAGCUAAUUGGCAUAUCUCUUUGUUGUCGAUUAGAGACCUUCCUUGCCCUGCUUAGGAUAAGGUUCGUCUUUCGAAUGGUGUGGUGUAACCAUAAUGUGAUGAUUAUUGAUUUACAUACAGUUAGGAUAAAGAGAAUAGGAUAAGCCAGAUUCUUCAUUGUGAUGAAAGCCGAUAUGGAACCAGUGAUAAAUGGUGUCCGUAGUAGUCCUAAGGGGCCCUUUCCAUAUGCUUCUUUUUCGUUAUAGGUCAUAGAAAGUAGUCAGGUAAUAAAAGAUGGCACUCACACUAAAUGCUUGGAAGCGAGCAUCCUGGAAAGGUUUGAUUCAAAUCACACGAAGCGAGAAAAUUUGCAACCCACUACAGUUCACUCCAAAAAGGCUUAGUAAGGAGUAGCACACUCUCCUAUGAAGGAUUUCCCCGUCAACCGUGAUGAAUGAGUUAAACAGGCCCGUUAGUGACACCGUUCUGGAUAAAGAGAUGUGGGCUAGGAUCUUUCCUUCUUUCAGGCAGCGUAGAUGCUCAUGGUGCGGCAUACUUUUUAAAAAUGGUAAAAGAAAGGAAGUUGACUGAUGCUACUCCGUCUUCAGCCUAGCCCACAACCCAAGGUCUAGUCCCCGGAGUGGUUUGGCAGGAAGAAAGAGCAGCUUAGGUCAAUUAUUCGGAGUAGAUUAGUUCGUGGCAUGAUCAGAGCAUAAGAUCCAUGCAUUGGUCCGGUCAGUCAGAAUAGGGCUUUUCCCACCUAUGCGCGAAACUGACAUCAUUGAGAAAAUCUCUGGCCUAAACUCGAUUUCCCUUAACUUAAGGAACGACCCCUGAAAGAUGCCCAACCCAAAAGUAGUGGGCCAUGGCGAGAUCAAAGAUUUCCAUUUUUGACAUGUCGCUAUAAGGGAAAUUCAUGUUGACUGGCGCUAUAUGAUAUACAAACAUUUUUCUAAAUUGGAUGCCUCUCUUUAGGGGAAAUAGGAAAUUCGAGACAGGUAUGAAAAAUCGUAUGAGUAAGGAAAAGAAAAAGGAUUUUCUCUCUAUUCUUCGGGCGGAAGACACCAGCUUUUCUGACUUUCCCACUCUCUCUAAAACAGGAAUUUCAUUAAACAAGAGAGAAUAGGUAAAAUUCAAUUCCUAGGGUAAGGAAGCUGGAACAGAAGCACCCGAAGCAUACGAAUCCGCUUAAUCAACUGUUUUAGAAUAAUCUGCUGAAGCAGCUCUUUAAAAAGCAUCCGAAUCGGAAGCUGUUCUUUCAACAUCCGCCUCAGAUAAAGCAGAUGAAGGAGAAGGCCUUUGGCCUGAUUCCCAGAAUCGAAUCGAAGCAGAGGAACGUUCUCUUCCCAGAGGAGAAAAGAACCAGAAGAGGAAAAGUAGCCAACGAGCUCAGCCCUUAUACGAUACGAGAAGUUCAAAUUGUUGUUUUUUCUAAAGAGAAAGAGGUUCUUGACCAUCGAUCGGAAGGUUAAGAGUGAUAACACAGGGCUUUUCAAGCUAGAGAAGAAAAGUAAUAAAUUUAACCAUUAGUUUAGUACGUAAACAAGCCAUUAAAGGUAGGUUUAGACCAAGCCAGACCACGAAGCAAGCUAAGCAAGGGUGGUGGGUCAGAUACGGAUGGAAAGAGAGAAUGCUUCCCGAUCACUCUCUCAGAGAGAGAGCUAUUGUACAAGGAAGCUACAUACACAUUUUCAAACUGAAAGCGAGAUCUUGCAACCACACCCGAAGGAGCACGCAAGAAUUUCAUUGCGCAGCGAGGAUUCGAAAGCCGAAUGCUUAUUAGUAGUACGAACACUUUUCCAAUCCUGAAAGUCAAUAGUAAGUAAAUACCGAAAGCGAUUAAAUAAUGUGAUUUUCACCCUGAAAGUCAUGCAUUAUUUUUAGAACUUCCUAUGCCCGCAUAUUCUUAAUCAUCUUCGCUUAUAGUAAAAGGCGGAAGGUAGGCAUUAAGGUAUGGGAGAUUAUAGUAUGGCAGGUCUCUUCUUUUUCCCAGUGGGUUUAACAUAGGCUUCAUCUAAGAACUCUCAACCCCGUGGCAUUACUGGUUUGCUUGCAAAUACUUUUCGGUACUAUAAAAGUCUUUUUUUAUUCCACUUCUAAUACGACUUGCAUGUGUUAAGCAUAUAGCUCUUGAAGAUGCCUAAGUUUACUUUCUUUAGAACGAGGACUUUUUCAAAGAUCCGGAGCCAAGCCUGCGCACCAAAGCGCUAGAAGAUCAAGAAUCUGUCUUUCAUUGUUAAAUAGACUUCCAGUCUUUGGCGCUGACCUACUCGCCUUCACCUAAAGACAGAGCGUUUUAGGAAGGUUGGCGCCAGGUGUCUAAACCGGAGACAUCGCACCGGAAUGCUUUCCCCACCGCAGACAAGAAGACUCAAAGAAAACUAUUGAUCCCUUUGACGACUCUCCUCUUCAUCUUCCCGAGAAGCAGAUAAGAAUCCGAACUGAGGAAAAAACUAAAAAAAGUCUCUCUUUCUACGAUCACCUGUAGCGUCCUUAAAAGUCUUAGAAGGAUAAUAGUUCUAUUCGCGAAGAGAUUCUUGCCAACACCAUUAGGAAGAUGAGGGAAAGGGGAAAAGAAGUCAAAUUAGCUAUUUCCGACAGCUACGGUAGUAGAGAAGGAGAAGCACUACUUAUGAGAAAGAGGAGUUCUCUCUUCUACUCCCGGGUAUUGAACCGGGAUGCUUUGGUACUAGACUGGGCGGGCGAGCCCUAAUCACAGGGGGGAGAAAGGCGAAGAUCCCUUCAUCCUCCGACAACAAGCAGAGCCGACACCGAGGUAAUUCUAUUCCUUUUUAAUUCACACGGGAAUGACUCCACUCUCAGUCCCAGCGUGGCUUAGACUAGUAGAAGGCGUAGGGAUGCUAGACCGCUGCUCAAUACUGGAUAAUCCAUGCUCAUCGGUCUGCAGCAAGCACUGACUUUUAGGGGGCGGCAACUAAAGAGGUAGCGAGACUAAGCACAAUUUCAGGAAGAGGCUAACGCCCUUGCCUCUAGGCUUCCUUCUACCCUUGUGCUAAAGAAAAAAAACUUCUUUCUAUUAUGCUCGAACCCUACUAAAGAGUGGCUUUCAGCUCUUCUCCCGUUGGUCCGUCAAUUAUUACAUCGAUCCUCGAAACCGAUAGUCAAAGUAUAGAGCUCGUUCCUUUCAGUCUUGAAAAAAGUAGCUUAUUUGCUUAAAAAAGGGGAAUCGAACUCUUCCACUACCGGGAAGACUAUUUACUGACUUACUUAAGGACUGACUGAUCCAGGGAGCAAAGCGUCCUUUCCAGCGCUGCUUUCAAGGUCGAAGAGGGGCUGGUUUUCUUUCUUGAUAGCAUGGCUUUCACGCUCACCGGUCUGGGAAGAGACUCCAUGGGCACUUGGCAUUGCUUCCUUUCAUCCACGAGGAGGGGAAAAGUGAUCUCUCAGCGGCGAAAACUCUUUGUUCUUCGGAAUCCCCUUGCUCCGCACCUUCCGUUUUGUUAUGACAAAGCCUUUUAUUUUCGGCCUUCUUUCAUUCGCUGAGCUCUGAGCUCCUCUGGCAAAUCAUGAUGUGCGCAUGCUGGCUACUCUGCUUUAGUAGUGUGUUAACUAGUAGUCCACUACUGAUUAAGGAUUUGGUAUUUACAGCUAUACAUUCAUUCUUUUUUCCUUUUUCGACAAGGUGGAUAUAGUGCGUAAGCCUCCCUCUGACGUCAGUUGACUUUCCUCUAUCUGGUAAGGACUUCCACUUCUUUCCAGCUCUCCCCAUUCACGCAGCCAUCCUCCGAAAAUCCCGGUAUUCUCGUCCGGGAGGUAGCUAUUCUAGAGACAAGGAGAAGGAGCAGCGCCCAAAGAGCCUUCGUGGCCGGUCACCGUUUGCCUACGAUCCUUUAUGAUAUGACUCUUUUCGGAAAGCCAAGUGUUUAGGGCCUUCAGCCUUUCCUCCUCUAGACCGUCCAAUUCAACUAAGAUAGCUUCAGUAAACUCGGGUGGGUUCAAUUGAUGUUGGAAGGCCACCCUUAGUGAUGGCACAGGUAAAACUCCAUACAGGUUGACCUACGACCAUGAUCUUUAGUCCUAUAGUUCUAGUAGCUAGGGAGGGAGACUUGUCAAUGACUUUGGAAUAAGCUAAUAAGAUCGAUCGGACUCAUUCCUCGCCUCCUUUGCUGAUGGAGCGCCUGAAAGAAGAGCUGACUAAGCCAAGAAGCUGAAUAGAGAGCCAGCGGUUUGUUCUCGUCAGACAUAAUGUUUGAAACAGGAGAUGUGCCCUCGUGAGCUCGUAUCCAUGUCAAGUCCCGGAUUCCAUAACUCCUCCCGUCACCUAUGCUAGGCUAAAUAGUAGUGAUGAAAACGUCGUAGGCAACUACCUCUCGUCCCAGUUGCUCAGUGGUGGAGCGAUCGGCUGUGCACUUUAAGUGACGUGACCGGUCAUAGCGUAGGUUCGAAUGCAACCUGGGAAGCCCUAUUCGAUUCAAUGCGGCUAGUCAUCAAUAAAUUACGUAUGGAAGGGAGAAGGAAAUCAAGAUCGGAUAGGUGGUCUAUUCCAAACCCGGUAGCAGCAUCUGGAGCUUAGAAUCUUGUAUAAAGAUGUCCAUCAAAGAAGCCUUUCUUUCUAAGUUAAGGUGACUCGAAAGAUUCUUCCUCACACGAAUAUGAGAUGUUUGAAACGAGACCGAGGAGUGGGUCUGAAUGACAAAGACUUGUCUUUCUAACCGACGGUUCUAUAGAGAGCCGAAGUUGGCAGAGGAUAAGAUGUCGUGACCUGACCUUCCCGCCCCUACUAUGUUAACGUGUACGCAUUAGUGAGCUGUCAAUGUAAAGACCUCGAGAGUAAGCAUCUCUAAGGGAGACAGACCUUUUAGCCUAGCCGUUAAGAGUGGCAUCUACGUGAGCUUUCUAUUUCUUAUUAUAAAUGGAUGGAUUCUAUCCUGCCUGUGGAAUAGAACCAGAAUAGGGGCCCUUUGUUACUGACUUUUGACUAUCAGACUGACCACUACCAAUUAACAUUUACUCGAUUCGAAAACAUCUGGGCGGAAAGCCAAUAGGCUUCGUUUGGGGCCUUUGACUGUGAUAUUGCUCAAAAUCCGCUUUAAACGAGUGUCCAGUGCGGUCAACUCGUAGAGAGGCGAUACAGGACAGAAAGAGACCAAAUCGAACGAUUACCGACUACGGGUUCGCCUAUCGGCUCUUCAUUUUCAAGACUGAAAGGCCUACCGGGAGAUCUCACUCAGAUCAAGAAGGAAGUUAUAUGAGAAUGAGAACGCCUAUCGAUACAGAGCUGAGCCCCAUUCACACUCUAUGACAAAACUCUCACUAGCUAUAGGUCAAGGAGAACUUAGGCAUCAAAAGACGAUACACGAGUAACAGGAGGCAGAAAAGCCCUUUCCAGAUGGGGGAAACUCUUCCGGAUGGACGGACUAGCAAACUUAGGGGGAAAGAGUCACACACGUGAGGUCCGUGGGGGCAGAAUCCGAAAUCAACAAACAGAACAAACAGGCUGCAAUUGGGAAUCAUCUUCUAUGAUAAAGAAUCUUUAAAGAAGGCUUUCACUCUCCUUCUGAAACAAGGUAACGAAGUUUAGAGCCGAUAGGUGGAAGUCUUUAUAAGCUGUGAAAGCGGAGCGUGGACGUUAAGAGCGUUAAGCGAAGCCAUGGGAAUAGAUAAGUCAUUUUAUUUGCAAUUGGCUAGGUUAAGAUCGAUUCUCAAUGGAGAAAAUCUUUAAUCCUGGUCUACUGUUUUCAGGGGUGAUUCUAUUAAUCAGUAAAAAGGUAAUGUUCAAUUGGACUCGGGCUAUGACUCACUCAGCUCUUUUAUUUACUUACUUCAAGCCUAUUGGCAGAAAGAGCGGGAAGAAGAAGCUUUUAGGUCUUUCUUCAUGGACUAGUGUGGGAGGUGCAUCCUUUACUGCCAUUACUAUAGUACCUAUUUCAAUGUCUUAAGCUAUCAAGACAUAUUUUUUUUAAAGGGAUCUUGAGAAUUCAAUCCGAUGUAAGGUAGACGAACCAGUGUGAAAGCGAUUCCUUUCCUAGAUGUCAGCCAGCUAUCGUUACAUAUGAGACCACGCCUAGCGAAUCGAAUAAAGGCAGACUUUGGGUAGGUAGUAGAGAAGGGUCAAUGUGAAUUGAUUCCCAGGUGAGCUGCUAGCUUUGAUUCCAAUUGGAGUAGACCAGAUCCAAUGGGAGUCUCAUGAGCGUUAAGCCAUGGUGAUCAUUACACUCACGAAAACCAUUCCAGAUUCGCCGUGGAAUUCUGAUUCGAUAGGUGUGGACUAGCAUUUUAUUCCAUCUUAUAUAAAAUCGAAUAUAUAGUAGCAUCUCUCAUCACCAAUUGCAUUACCUAAAAGUCUCUCUCUGGGCUCUAUCUUAGGUUGGCCUGGUUCAACAAGGCUGAUUAGUAUUCGAUUUCGUGAACAGAGCGGGGUAAAAAGGCAUGAUUCUAUAAAGUGAAUCACUCUUUUGGCUACCUCUUUUCUUUGGGCUCCUUCGGCUUACUACGUCGUCUGUCUUUUUUCUUUCUUUACGCAUCCGUCUACCUUUAAAUACGAAGGCUGGUAGGUCACGGCAUCUGAAACAUGGCUCUCUUUCUUAGGCGCCUGCUCCCGCCUUUCCGGUAACGAAGUACUCUUUUUCUGCCUUUAGGCGAACCCUUGGUGAAUUAAGUUCGCGCUUCAAUUGAACUGUCUGCUUCGAGUCGAGGUAGAACUGAUCGAACGGGUGAAUGCAAGCCUUUUCUUCUUUCCGGGAUUAAGGAUCUCCCAAAAACCUCAGGAACAGUCAAUGGGAAAUCCCGCCAUGCCAUCGAGGGGCUAGUGUGAACAUCCAUAGCAUACGACGGGCGAGAGGGUGGAGAAGUGACUUCGAGGCUUAAGAUAGUUCACCUCAGGUCAUAAUAGAGUGACGUAUGACAUCGGUAGGAAGGUAAUGCAGCUAAGCCGAGACUUGCUUCUGAGGCAUUUCAGACUUUACUUGCUCUUGCCGAUGUGAUCUUUUCUCUUGUUGAAGAAGUGGAGUUUGCUGCUAUCGUAGAUAAGAGUUACGGAAGAGCGCCCUAGCUAGGUUUGAAAGAAGAACUGCAGCUCGAUUUGAGAUGAAAUCUGGCAAUAGCUCUAGGGUAGGUUCUGCCCCAGAUAAGAGAGUUGGGAUUGAGCUUUCACUGUUCUCAAGGUAGCGAGUGAUCUUAUAUACGAUACCGCCAAACGCUUCGUAAGCAAGAGAAAAGCUAUUAUGUCAACUAUGUGGGACCUUGCCAAUUAUCAGCUUGAUUCAGUCUAGCUAUCGGAUAACAAAAAAAAUGCUGGACCUUCUUUUUGAAGCGGGGAGGGGGUGAGUCGCCAAUGAUCUAGCCACCCCACCAACUAUGGUCUACCCUUGCAGUUCUUAGCCUCUACUAUAGUAUGAACUGAGCCAUAGCUUCUAGGUCAUGUCGCCCCCAAUCUCCUUGUGAUUAGAUCUGUUCGACAUGCAAGUUUUCUAGCUACUGCCUGUACAGGCACUCGUCAAGCCAGACAGUGUCCUCUGACCUUCCGUGACUAUUCCAGACCCAUUUCUUUAUUAGAAGAGUCUCGUCGGUAAGUGAAAUAGGCUUGUGAUCUCUCCAAUCACCUCCUCUCUUUCCUUACCAACUUGAACGGCUCCUGUUAGCUCUUCGCAUGAGCUCUGGCUUUCUUCUUUUGCUCUUUGUCCGAAUCCAAUCGUCUAUGUGGAUGACGACUCCCAUCUCAUCCCAUUGAUUGGCUUAGUGUGAAGUAUCAUCAUAUUAAAAGCGAUCUUCUGUCUAUUGACCUAAACUCCAAGCAGUUAUACCAGACAAGGUCUGAGUUCAGCUCCUAUUAAGGAAGAUGUGCCACUAGUUCAAAAAAAGAAAGUGGCAGAGCGGAUUCAAUCACAGCUGAUACGAGAACUCAUAGACCAAGAGCUCCAACGGGGCUAUCGGCGGAUAUUGCAAAGAGAUCACCAGCAGUGGUUAGAAGAGCUGAUACUUUCCCAAGAGCGGCUAUGCCAUUAAUAGCUUCUACGGGGCUAGCAGUGCUUAUGAACCAUCAACAGGAGAGAUUGGCUUCAUUCUUACCAAGAGUAGACCCGAGAGCUGCAAUAGUAAUUAGGACUAGCCCACUUCGAUGAUUCGAAAUCGUCGAAGCCCCGAAAAUGCCUUUUUUCGAAAAGUGAGUGAAGGAACCCGAGGGGACAACAGGAAUUUUCAACCAAAAGGAGUAGGAGCAUUCGACUGAAGAAGUUAUGGCAUCAGUAGCAAAGGACGAAGCAGUUCUUGCUCGACGUUUCAGAAGUGGAGUUUGGGAAGACGGUCUCACCGGGUUUUUACCUAUUUCAGGAUUCAGUUCAAGCAAAAGCACACUUUGAAUCAUAAGUUGACGUAGAUACAAGAAGAGAAAAAGCAGCCAUUUCAUCCGCAUCUGUUGUCGGAAUAACUGCUUUUGGUGGUACGGGCAUAUGGGUUAAGGAAGCGAGUGAUCCUCGGGGAAGUUAAACAAAAAAAGCUCUUCACAAGAGGAGCAAAAAGAAGAAGAAUUGUCGGCAUAUCCGCACCCGGCUCAGCUCAAGGUGCAAUACAAGCAAAAUGAGAAGAGCAGGCGAAAGCAAUGGAGGAUCCCCAGUGACAUCCGUGAGUCAACGAGUUAGGAGCUCAGACCGGGUAGAAAGGGAAUAUAAGAAGCUGCAUCCUUUUGAAUGAGUUUCAGUUGGAAGAGGAGGCAUGCAUCGUAUAAUAAGAUGGCAUCAAAUGCAAGAGGGAAUCCCACUGUGAGGGAGCUAGCUACUUCUUUCAUACCAGGAAAUAUAAGUAUAAGAUGGAGAGAAUACGAUCUUUGACACAUAUAUGCCGAUAGGAGGAUGCUAGUGAGUUGUUAAGGAACUUCUUUCUCUAAGACUAAGACUGCCCCUUGCUAUUGGUAACAGUCUUUAGACCCUUACUCCGCUUAUCUCUCAAAAGAAGUUGCUUGGAGGGCCGGCCCAUCUUUGUUUCCUACCUCGGAUCAAAAUCUUUAUCUAAAAGAUCCGUCCAUUGACCCUUGCUUUCGACUCUCGUGAGAGGGCCGGGCCAGACUGGACUUUGCUACCAGACAGAAAGCUCUUCUCUUUCUUUUUUUUUUUCACUUGUUGGCCAGACUGGAGAAUUUUGAGUUUAUAGGUCGUACGUCUGAAAGAGUUCAUCGUACAAUUUCGGCGAUUACAAAAGGAGUUCCUCUCCCUCUCUGUUUUUUGACUUCCGUCGUUCAGGAAGAACGACUUCGCCUAAUUCUCAUAAUCCCGGCCCCCCCACUAAGCAAUUACGUUACGACCACUGAACAAACUUGGUUGACGAACAUGGUUUAUGCGCCGCUAAUGUAGCGGCUUGCCGAGCAUUUGACAAACUCACACCAUCCAUUUCAAAUAGAAUUUGUCCCGUAGAAACACGAGCAAUCCAACCCGUAGGAUUUCCUUUUCCUCUUCCCAUUCUUAUUUCUGUAGGUUUCCCGGUAAUAGGGAGAUCUGCGAGAACUCUUACCCAUAUCUUACCAUUUCUUCGGAAUUGUCCGAUUAUAGCCCGACGCGCUGCUUCAAUGGCUCGAUAUGAAAGACGACCAGCUUUACAACUUUUAGUGCCAUAUCUUCCAAAACCAAGUUGUGUACCGUCUGGUUUGCAACCCCUACUACAUCUGCCUUUACGAUUUUUACUAUAUUUUGUACGUUUCGGAUAUAGCACGUCCCCCCUUUUUAGGUUGGGGAGAUUUCGCUAUCUCCGGGCGGGGCGCACCUUAAGUUCCGGAAAAAAGGUCCUUUUUUUCAUCGAAAGAGGAAGUCCAUUAUUCCAAACCGAGCUCACAUCUCCUUCAUCGUCGUUGGUCCUUCUUUCGUAGUGGUCUUUGUAUAGUGUUAAAGCUAACCCCUGCCUGCACGAGAGGGCCUUCACUUAGCUUAGUAAGCUCGCCCGCUUAAAGUUAACGGUCAACAAAGCCGGUACACACUUCACUUUAUACUUAGUCAAUUUUGAUAAAGUGAAGAGUCAGUAUCGUACUUGCAAGUCCUAACUGUGGCAUGUGAAAACUGUCCUUACCCGGCUUUCGGGGUGGACCCUUUCACUCUACUCUAUGUUUAUGUUCUUAUAUAAUAUACGCCAUCGAUUGAAGCAAGCUCCUCCCAUGCUUCCUUUUCCAUCGUUCAGUACUUUCUUCAUCAUCCACUAUGGUUGAGCUAUAUGCUUAACACAUGCAAGUAGGACCUUCUUUUCGCCGAGAGAAGAUGCAACAGGACUUAAAAUCCUGGUUCUGGAGCAAGGGACUCAAAAUCCUUCUUGCUUCGAAGUCAGUGGCCCAACAUUUGUUAAACCCCCUUUUCUCGGGCGAUAGGGCUUCCUCUUUUUAUUCUUUCUGAGUUGUACCGGUCCACCCCCCAUGCGGAUUCUUCCCCGCUCCCCCGGAGUGGGAAAGCACGGAGAUCGCGCAUCGGCUCUGAGAUAUUCCUUUACCAUUUUUCCGCUCCAGGUAAAGAAGCAGAAUUCGUUAUCGGAGAAUCCUCAGCCAACUAGCCUGAGCAUGCUCUCUAACAUCACAUACGAUAUUCUUGGUCUGAAGAGAAGAAAGCUCCCCUAGCCACGAGCAAAGCAGACCACGGGCAUGAAGGAGGUAAUCAAUGGCAUUCAGAUCAGGCAUGAAGGAAGUAGGGUAAGGCAUGAUUCGGAAAAGAGUAUUUAAGUAAGCAUUAAGCUUUUUCAUAAGGUUUUUUCUUCCUCUACCUUCUCUUGCUAUUGGAUUGGAGAGAGAGAGAAGGCCAAGUAAAGAAGUGAUUAAGAGCACUUUCGAAGUAAGCAUUCGGCUUUGGUUUGGGAAAGAUCAGAUUCCAUAUCUGAUCUGGAUUCUAAGCCUCAUCUCCUGCCGUAAGCGCUCUUGCACGAGUCCUGUAUCACUACAGGAACAGGAAGUACGAGCAGAAAGAAGUAGUCACUCUUCGCCUUUCAAGAUAUUGCGUAUAAUAGAUAGAGAGAGCCAGUCUCUUUUCUUUCACCUGCGGACCUUUCUGGAACAACUCUAAAUGUUCCCUUUGGGCGAGUUCUCCUACUUUAUUUUAUGUCGAGGGAAAUGCUUAGUCGAUCCUCACCUCUGCGUGCUAUUGAAAGUGCAUAGAUCAAGAGAUUAGCAAUUGCUGCUGACUUUCUCUUUGCUACUUUAGUUGGGGUUCCCCCUACUCAAUCUGUAAUGGGAUCUACCCGUGCUUCGCUCACUCUAUAUGCGAUUGGAAAUAAGUCCGGGUGCCUUUCCUGCACACCUUUGCCUUAUAUGUUUGAGUCUCUGUCCAACCUCUGCCUACGAGGAAAAUUGCUGCGCAGAGCCUUUUAAUUAUAAUUAACUAAGUUCUUUGUUAAAGUAAAGUCGCAUCCAUGGCAUGCGCCUAAUCCGCUCUUACAGAUAGAGAUCUGCUCCUCAAGUGCAAGAUUCGCUGCUAAUUGCAUUGGAAUUUCCGGGACUAUGCUUAGUAAGCGCUUUUAGUCAUCUGUUUGCGGCGAAUCCAAGAAGUAACUAGGAGAAGAAAGACAAGCAAUACAGGGUCUUCAAGGAAGAGGUUGUUGCCCCGGUAGAUAUAAGAAGUUUGCAGGGAACCCUAGAUGGAAUGAAACUAUUCAACGUUGAUGUUGAUCUACUUGCUUGUACGAUUGGAUUUGUGUGAAGUCUACCUAUAGCUAAUGAAGUCAUCCUUGCUUGAAGGAAAGAGGGGAAAUCCGGAUUAUUGACUUUAGACUUUGAAGUAGGCGAAUCCGCUGCUCCUGCUCUGGACUAAGGGGCGAAGCGGCUCGACGUCAGGAGAGGGGUAGAAGGCUAGAGGCCACAGAAUAAGUGGUAAUUCGUUAAAAGCACGGAUCGAACGAGAAGGAUGGGAUUGGGUUCAGUUAAGGUAACCUAGAGGGUGAAAGCUAGAUAGAGAAAUAUCUUUUCGAGUUAGGAAAAAGCUAGAAAUAGAACUCAACUGACUUUCUCUAGGAAUUCCCAAGCGUUAGCGAAGAAAGAAGCCUCUACAGCUAGGGAGGAAAAAGAAGUUCUUAUAGACUUUUUGAAUCCUUCUUUCAAUAUUCGUUAGAGCCUGGGCUUCACCCCUCAUUGCUUGUUCGACAGCUAAGACUUCACCGGUGCUAGCAAAGAUCUAUUUGAUUUGGAAGUUCUUUUCUUUGCGGCCCCAAUCCAAAAUAUCUUAAGUAUGUAGAGUAGAUUUUUUGAACCCAUGCUUCGAUCACUUCUCUACACUGCUGACUUUACUCAACAAGUGAGCGAUAGAUCGAGUGCUUCUUUAGGGUUUGAUCCCCGUUUACCUAGCGAUACAGCCCAUCACUAAGCUCAUUUCCUGGAAAAGUAGUAUCCCGAGGCUAAGACUCCGUUACCGAAGGAAGAAAGCUACUCAAAGAAGAGAGCUGGUCUAGGAGGCAUGUUAAGUCAGCUGGUUCUAGGUCUAAAGCUAGUGUAAAAUCUUCUCGUCCUUAAGCCUUAAAAGAAAAGUGCUUACGCCUUACCUGGAGUUGAAGUUGGGAAAGCCUAGACUUACUUGCUACGUAAAUAGCCCUUUCUUGGCUUGGCAUAACGAAAUGAAAAAGCUCAAUCCCAACUCUUUCUCUUUGUGCCAAAGAGCUUCUUCUUGCAUAGGAUUUGUCCAAGGUUAUCCGGCAAAGAGCUUCUUCUAGAACAUCUAUCCCAUCUCCUUUUACUUUGAUAGGUGAGAGCUUGAAGUUGCUUGCCUUCUUGUUGGAAUCAGACUGAUUGUCAGGAAUGAAAUUCCAUCCCCGACAGAAGUCACUCUUUUGUUUGACAGAAUAGCUUGUUAGCAAUGACCAUUAAAGGAGCUCGGGAAUCAUGUUCCACCAAAACUCAAUCGCCGCUAGUCUCUAAAUGGUUUAAGGCUUAUUUCAAGCCGAAUGCUUGAGGUCGCCCGCUUUUUAGAAUCAAGUCCCCGAGGUAAACUUUCUAGAUUACCAUUCUCAGUCCCAUUAGUCCCUGACUCUGUCAAGCCAUCAGAAUCAGAUAAGAAAGAAGGAGGAAAUGGGGUUCCAUGUGUAAGCACCCUUGCCGUAUCGGAUAAGGCCUAAGCUGUCCCAUAUCAUAAAUCAGUUUGGGCUCGCUUUCAGCUCAACAAGUCUAUGUAAGCCUUCAUUCCUAUCCACUUUUAAGUAAAGCACGGGUCUUGGAGG